AUGUCCUUUCCUGUCGUAUACAUUCCUCUCUGUCAUUCAUUUAUCUCUUUUCUUUAUUCAGUUUUAUUUCAUUUUCCAAAUUUGAAUUUAGGGGGCGCGAAUGCCAUGGAUUAUUUUGCUUUCUUUACACAUAAUUCUUCAGUAAUUCCUAUUAUGCGUUGGGUAAAAAAUAAAAUUACCGUCGUUCCGUUUCACAUACUGUCUUUUUUCCUUUCUUUAUCUUUUCUACUUUCCGCUUUCUUUAUUUUUACUUCCUGUCUGUUCUCUUUUUCGUCUUCCUUUUUUUUCUUUUUUCUUCUCAUUCAUUCUUUUAUUCUUUUCUCCGUUUUUGCUUUACUUCUUUUUCAUCCUCUUCUCUAUUUUCUUGUCUUUUUUUUGACAUCAACUGCAUAUUCUUUCUUCUCUUUGGUUAAUCUAAAAAAAAAUGUUUCGUCUUCGUUCUUUUCUCUUUCUUAUGCUUUCUGUUUGACUUUUAUUUCUAUUCUUUUUUACUGCCUUCCUUUCAUUAAAAUCGACCUUUCCUUCUUGUUCCUUUUUCUUCUACUUCUUCUUAUUCUUCUUCUUAUUCUUCUUCUUCUCGCUCUUCUUUCUUUCUCCUUCCUCCUUCUUCCUUCUUCUUCUUCUUCUUCUUCUCGCUCUUCUUUCUUUCUCCUUCUUCCUUCUUCUUCUUCUUCUUCUCGUUCCUCUUUCUUUCUCCUUUCUCCUUCUUCCUUCUUCUACUUCUUUUUCUUGGGCAUCUCAAUAACGUUUCAUUUUCUGUUCUUUCUUUUCUCUUUUCCGAUUGUCUCCUUCUCCUUUCACCAUUUUCUCUUUUCGUUAAAGCUAAAUCUACAAAUAAAACUCCUCUCAUAUUUUUCUAAAUUUGCUUGA